AGCUGGUCAUAAACAUACAAGUGAGUUUUGCGUCUCUUCCUGGGGUGAAACAAGGUGAAGACAGUGAGCCAGACUGUAUAAGAGUCUAGUUUGAUAUUUGUAGACACUAGCAAUAUACAAAGACAAAGCUGUCAGAGUCGACACAGGCGUCCCGGAUACAAGUUUUAACCAAAGUCACAGCAACAACAAGAGAGGAGCUGCAUCUCCAGCGUCAAUGAUGAUUCAUUGAUGGAUGAGCCUCAGACCAGAGCAGACCUCUUAAAAUAUUACUGUCACCUCACCCUGGACCCAAACACAGCAUACAGAGAGAUGGUCCUGUCUGAGGGGAACAGAAAGGCGGAGCUCACAGAUCUAGUCCAGGACUACCCUGAACACCCAGACAGGUUCUCUCACCUCUAUCAGGUGCUGUGCAAAGAGGGUCUGACUGGACGCUGUUACUGGGAGGUGGAGUUUGACAGGUCUGUUGAAGUAGCAGUGGCAUACAAAGAUCUGGGCAGAUCAGACUAUUAUUCCGAGUGUGCGUUCGGGUGCAAUGACAAAUCCUGGAGUUUAGACAUAAACAGUAACAGCAAAUGUUUCAGACACAAUGAUGAGGAGACUGAGGUGCCGGAGCCUCAGUCCUCCAGAGUCGGCGUGUACCUCGAUCAUAAGGCGGGUAGUCUGACCUACUACUGUGUCUGUGACACGACGCUGCAGCUGAUGCACAGAGAGGAAACCACGUUCACAAAGCCACUCUACCCAGGGCUGUAUGUCGCAUUCACUGCCCAGCUGUGUGACUUGGAGUAGAGGUCCAGCCUAAAAGUGUCAACUAUCUCAUGUCACCACUGGUGGACUUGGGAGGACGGGGGUGUCCCUAUGCUCUUAAGGUGCUUGGAAGCCCCUAGGGUAGAUAAGACACGAUGGAGUGUCUUUUACACAGAGGCUGGGCGGGGGGCACCCAAUGUUGUCUCAAAAGCCCCAAAUGUUUUUUGUAAUACUUUCAGCUGUGUGUCACUCAGAUAAUAACACAUGCCCAUGUUGUUUAGUCUAUUAGGCCAUUCCCUAAAGAAAUCUAAUGUAAUUGUGACAGCUUAACAUUAAUUUUGUGAACUCUACUACUGCAUAGUAUAACAAAAUUAGGUUUCAAGAUAAGUAAAUUGUUUAUGCCAAAUUCCUAUCCUACCUAGAAUAUGCCAAGGAGUUCAGUGGAAUAAAGGAAUCUAUAAAUAUUAAAAAGUUAAUAGACUGAUGAUCAACUAUCAUGCUUUUCCCAAAUGAUGCACAAUUUUUAGGGGCUCCAUGAUAUCAAAUGGCUUGAAAAUAGUCCACAUAGCUGCCAGAAAAUGCCUCGAAUGUUUAUGUCUGGCUCUGUCGCUGUUUCUACAGAAGCCCAGUGUGCAAAAGACCUGAGUGAAUAUCCUCUAGGGAGCCCUUACAGGUGAUUAAAGGACACAUAGGUUGCCCUACAUGCUAGAAAACUUUCUGUGCUCCUGCCCCUCCGAGUCCACCGUGGAGAUUAGCGUUACUGCUUUCAUUUAGUAGGACGGUGAAUGAUGCAAAACAUUUAUAUAACAGACUGCAGGGAAUACAUAACUUUGAUUUUUUUUUUUUUACUUUUUUUAAUCAGAAAGACUUUAAGUAUCAAUGCUGGGUUGAUUUAAACAAAUCACAAUAAUGUAUCUUAAAAGUCAUUUACAUUUACAUUCCUAGUCAUGCUAGCAGAGUUAGCAUUUAACUAAAAGCACCACUGUGCCUCAGUGAAACCUCAUAGAGCAGCUAGCAUGGUUGCAGACUGUUCCAUGUAAUUCUAUGAUCAACACUGAGUUGUUUGGGAGGUUAAAUGCUGGACUAUUUCUUAACCAAGCUGAUGCUAAGUUAAUUGCCAGCUGCUAUAGCUUUAAAAUUAGCAAAAGCACAGUAAUAUCAG